AUGCCACCCUCGCCGCUGGAAGAGCGGAUGGGCGUCCUGCAGAGACCCAAGACUUUAGCUCUGCGUCUCAGCCAUGGCUUCGUCACCCACAGCAGUGGCGGGGAGAAGCCACUGUCCCCGCCCGCCGCCUGCCGAGCGGGCGCCCAGGGCCCCUGCGAAGCGGUCCGCCGGAGCAGCGUCCUUCUCCCUGGCCAUUCUCACCCGCUCAACCUCAAGCCUCAGGGACGAGGGUCCGAGGGUGGCCUGGCCCUGCCGCCGGACCCUAAGCCGGGCGAGAAGAAAGGGGCACUGGCCCCCCAGCUGAAGGCGCUCCUGCCCCAGGCCAAACUCAAGAAGAGGGGUCUCAAGGAGAACGCCAAGCCUUCGGGGGAUGCGUCCCCCAGCUCGUCGCUCUCCAGCCCCGCCACCACCAUGAACCCCUUGAAAUGCGGCUGCUGGGGGUGCUGGCGGAUGCUGCGCUGCGAGGAGGCCGGAGCCAAGUCCGGCCUGCGCUCCCUGGCCUGCUUCUCCAGCCGAUCCAGCCUGCGUUCUCUGAGCUGCCCCAGCUGCAGCCCGCAGUCCAUGAAGAAGCUGGGCUGCUUCUCCUGCGCUCCGGUCGCCCUGCGCUCCCUAGCGUGUCUGGCCUGCAACCUCUCGGUCAAGUCGGCCAGCUCCUCCUGCAGCUUCUGCAGCAGCGACCCCAUCGUGGCCUACGACCCCCAGGUGGGGUCCUCGCCGGCCAACAGCUGCUACGGCGGGGACGAAGAGGAGGGCGACGACUACACGGUCCGUCCCAUCUGGCCGGAUGAGCUGGCCAAGAAAACGAGCAAGUCGCCCGUACCAGCCUCGCAGCCCCCGUGGGGCCAGCCGCAGACCUCCCCCUUGAUCCUGGACUGCCGCAACCUGGUGGAGUUCACCAAGGCUCAGCUGCAGGGCGCCAUGCGCUUUGGGGUCGCCGACGCGCCGGGACGGCGGCGGUUCCAGCAAGGGAAACUGGCUGUGCUAGAUUUCCUUUCUUCCCGGGGUACCUGUGACGGCCGGGACUCCUCGCUGCAGUGCUUGUGGUCCAAGGAAGGGUCUGGCUGCAGGGGGGUCCCGGAAUCUCCACCAGCUAGCCCCCCCAAGCCGCCCAAAGCCCAGCCUACGCAGAACCUGCACCUUGUCCUGGAUCUGGUCCACAGAGAUGAGCAAGGACUUGGGAAGAGAGGCACUCCGAUCGGGUCAGAUGCCCCAGAGAUCUCGGACGAAGUGGGUUCCCCGCUCACCCCCGAUUUGGAGAACGCCGAGCUGAGCCGCAUCCUCCCGUUCCUCUUCCUGGGCGACGAGAGGGACGCCCAGAACUUGGAGAAGUUGCUCCACCUCAACGUGGGCCACGUCCUCAACGUCACGACCCACCUGCCUCUCUACCACGCCGACAGCGGGCGCCUCCGUUACAAGCGCUUGCCUGCCACCGACAACAACCGUCAGGACCUGCGGCAGUAUUUUGAGGAGGCGUUUGAGUUCAUCGAGGAGGCCCACCAGAGUGGAAAGGGAGUCCUCAUCCACUGCCAGGCCGGCGUCUCCCGUUCGGCCACCAUCGUCAUCGCCUACCUGAUGAAGCACACCUUGAUGACCAUGGGCGACGCCUACAAGUACGUCAAGGGCCGCCGGCCCGUCAUCUCGCCCAACCUCAACUUCAUGGGGCAACUUCUGCAGUUCGAAACGGACCUCAACGCCGGCGUCACGCCUCGCAUCCUCACCCCCAAGCUGGCCGGCGUGGAGACGGAGGUGUGA